GUUGUCUGUAUGGAUAGUUCAUCUCUGGACGCGCUAGUAAGCGGUGCACGAUAAAACAGCGAAACUUUGUAAUCGAAAAUGAAGGAAGACGGAAGCCAAGUCUUAGAACCUGCAACUGUUUAUCGACCCGUUAUCGACCACGAUGGGGUCAAACUGCUGGCCGAAAGGCUAUACGGCAUAUCAGUGCUUGAGUUAAUUGAACUUAAUGGCUACGAUGAUAAGAACUACAAAAUUAUUGAAGAUCCUAACGUCAAGAAUCCUUUGAUAACUCACCAUAGCCCUCACGGAUACGUCUUGAAAAUCAUGAAUUCCAUGGACUCUCAGAACCUUGACGUCGUGGAAGCACAGAAUGAGAUCAUGAAUUUUUUGAUCACUCGGUCUGUAACAUGCCCGAAACCAGUCCGUAAUAUUUUCGGCCACCUCCACUCGGUUGAGAGUAUCAGUGGCAAGAACCAUGUCGUGCGACUGCUGGAGUAUGUGCCCGGUGAACUGCUGAAAGACGUGCCACUAUCUGAGUCUGUGUUCUAUCAGCUUGGAGAAUUUGUGGCCAAUUUGGACAAUAAAUUGCAGAACUUCAAUCACUCCGGUUUGGUUUCUCGAGAGCAUAUUUGGAUGCUGAGCAAGGUUCCAGAACUAGACAAAUAUAAGUACGUCAUUAAAGACGCUGAUAAGUUGGACUUGGCUGAAGAGGUGAUUGAAGAGUUCAAGUAUGCUAUAGUGCCUCGCUUAGAAGAGUUGGAGAAAGGCGUUAUUCACGGUGAUGUGAAUGAGAUGAACGUACUUGUUGAUCUCAAACCUGGUGGCAGUAAAUCCGACUACAGAAUCGCAGGCAUCAUUGAUUUCGGUGAUAUUCAGUACUCCUACUAUGUGUUUGAGCUGGCUAUCACCAUGACUUACGUGAUGCUUAUCACCGGUGACCCUCGGACAGGCGGCCUGGUCCUUGCCGGAUACACCGUCACUAGAAGACUGCCUGACGAGGAGUACAGACUUCUGAAGACGCUAAUAUCUUCUCGUCUAGUCCAAAGCCUGAUCAUCGGUGCAUACACCAAAGAGCAGGAUCCGAAUAACACCUACGUCACAUCUACCGAGAGGGCUAAGGGAUGGGAGUUGCUUCAGAAGUUAAGAAAGUCCAAGCCGGACCCUGAUGACGAUCCAACCAAUUGGAAAGCCAUUGCUAAUGAGUUCUUGACUAGAAGCUAGAUUUUAUUGCAAGCUUUUAUAUUUAGACUCAGAGGUCAUCGUGCGCUUUUUUCAUUUACAUUCUAUACAUUUUCUAUAGCAACACAUUCUGUAUGGUACCUUUUGUUAAUAAAAAAAUAAUACAAAUUAUGA